AUGCCGGGUUCCCGAGGGUCAGAUGAUAUGACAGACUCUGUCGUGGAAGAAGAGGAGACUUCCAGCUUGCCUGUUCCCGUACUUGAUAAGCCGACCGAGGUGCUGGGACCCGCUGCGCUUUCUGUCCCGGAAGAACUAGCCAUCACGUGGGAAGAGGUUGCGGAGCGCUCCAGCUGUGGAGAACUUGGGCUUCUGGAGAAGGACGCAGCAGGGGAACCGGUGGCCCCAGCCACGCUUGUGGCUGGCGCUGCAGAGCUCUGGCUGCCCAGGGUGCUUGCAGCUUCCGAGGAUGCUGUCUCUUCAGUCGGGCUGGCUGCAUUCGGAGUGGUGCUCCUCAACGAUGCAGCAGGCGUCCCCGUUGGUGCUAGUGGAGAGGUGAGGUGA